AUGCGGUGGCAUGAUGAGCAUAACAUGGAAGAUGAUGUCAUGUGUCAUCCAUCUGACUCUGAGGCCUGGAAGCACUUUAAUCGUACCCAUCCACUAUUUGCAGCUGAAAGUCGAAAUGUGAGGUUGGGAUUAUGUACUGAUGGGUUUCAACCAUUUGGACAGUCAGGACAGCAGUAUUCAUGUUGGCCAGUAAUAAUUACGCCUUACAACUUGCCUCCUGGUACAUGUAUGAAGGAGCCUUAUUUGUUUUUAUCGACAAUAAUACCUGGACCACAAAAUCCCAAGCAACGAUUAGAUGUCUAUUUGCAGCCAUUAAUUGCUGAACUAACUCAGUUAUGGGAAGUGGGUGUGCAAACAUAUGAUGUAUCUAAGAAGCAAAAUUUUCAAAUGAGAGCUGCUUUAAUGUGGACAAUUAGUGAUUUCCCUGCUUAUUCAAUGUUGUCUGGGUGGAGCACCGCAGGGAGAUUAGCGUGUCCCUACUGUAUGGAUCAUUCAGAUGCAUUUUCACUGAGUCAUGGAGGAAAAAUUAGUUGGUUUGAUAAUCACCGUAAGUUUCUUUCAGAUAAUCAUCCAUUUAGACGAAACAGGGUAAAUUUCCUUAAAGGAAAAGUAUGCAUGUCUGAGUCUCCUCCAAUUCUAAGUAGCGAAGACAUUUUUUUACAGAUAGAGGAUUUGGGGUUGAGGAGAGUAAUAGACAUUGAUGGUGAAGCAGUUAAUUCUGUCAUAACCAGAAACACAGGUUGGAGGAAAAAAAGCAUUUUUUGGGAUUUACCAUAUUGGUCUUCCAAUCUCAUUAGACAUAACUUAGAUGUCAUGCACAUCGAGAAAAAUGUCUUUGAGAAUACUUUUAACACAGUGAUGAAUAUAGAAGGGAAAACGAAGGAUAAUGCAAAAGCUAGGGAAGAUAUGGCACAUUUAUGUCAUAGAAAAGAAUUAGAGAGAAAUGUGCAAACGGGCAAAUAUCCUAAGGCUUUCUAUGUUCUCGAUAAACAGCAGAAGCAUGUUUUAUGUGAAUGGGUAAAAGACCUUAAGUUUCCAGAUGGGUAUGUGUCCAACCUAGGAAGGUGUGUUGAUAUGCAAAAGUAUAAGUUUUUCGGCAUGAAGAGCCACGAUUGUCAUGUAUUUAUGCAGAGGUUAUUACCUAUUGCAUUUCGCGAGCUCCUUCCAAAUACAGUUUGGCAAGCAUUAACUGAGUUGAGCUUGUUUUUCAAACAUCUUACUUCUACAAAUAUUAAGGUUCAAGAUAUGGAGCAUCUAGAAGCAGAAAUUCCCAUUAUUAUUUGCAAAUUAGAGCGCAUAUUUCCUCCUGCCUUUUUUGACUCAAUGGAACAUCUUCCCAUCCACUUUCCAUAUGAAGCAAAAAUUGCAGGCCCCGUACAAUAUCGAUGGAUGUAUCCUUUUGAAAGAUUUCUCCGCCACCUAAAGCAAAAUGUAAAGAACAAAGCAAAAGUAGAAGGUUCAAUAUGUAAUGCAUACUUAGUUGAAGAAGCAUCUAAUUUUUGUACGCAUUACUUUGAGCCUCAUGUAAUAACACGGGAUCGACAAGUACCCCGGAAUGAUGAUGGUGGGGAUGAUGCUGAUUUCAAAGGAAAUUUAUCAAUUUUCAAGUAUCCCGGUCGACCAUAUGGUAGAGUGAAAACAAGGGUGUUGGCUGAUGAUGAAUAUAAGGCUGCCCAAAUAUAUGUUCUACUAAAUUGCCCUGAAAUUGACACAUAUGUGAAUUUGUUCCUAACUGAAUUGCGGCAAACAUCACGUAAUAUUAGUGAUGCAGAAGUUGAUGAAGCACUAGAAAAAAGAUUUGCAGAUUGGUUCAAAUGUUAUGCAAGGCGAAAUAUUGAUAAUAAAUUCAUCAAGGAUUUAGCAGAGGGACCAUUAAGAAGUGUGAAAUCAUAUCCUGUGUAUUUCAUAAAUGGUUAUAGAUUUCACACAAGCAGUCAUAGUGCUAAUCGAUCCACAAUGAAUAGUGGAGUUUGCAUUAGGGGUUCAACAUAUGGUGACAACUCCAAUGAUUACUAUGGUAUCUUGAAAGAGAUAGUUCAACUUGAGUGCCCUGCAUUACCAAUAAAGAGAACUAUUCUCUUCAAGUGUGAAUGGUUUGAUCUAACUCCGAAUGUUGGUAUUAAGGUUCACAAACACUAUAACUUAGUGGGUAUCAAUCACCGAAAAAGACUAAAUAAAUAUGAACCAUUCAUACUUGCUUCACAAGCUGAACAAGUAGUUUACAUCCCUUAUCCUAGCUUAAGACGAGACAAAGCUGACUGGUAUGCCACAUGCAAAAUGAAGCCUAGGUCUGUUGUCAUCAUGCCUCAGACAAAUGUAACAGAGCAAAUACCAGACCAAGCAUUUCAAGAUGAGAUAGUAGAAGUGUUACAAGUUAAUACAGAAGUAGAAGAUCAACAGAUUGGACCGUUACAUGAUUCAAGUGGUGAACUACUAGAGCUUACAACCAUUGAAAAAGAGGAACUAUUGGAUGAGGCAGAUCUAAAUCAUACAAUAGAAAGCGAUGAAGAAGAACUCCAUGAAUAUGAUGAUGAUAGCGAGGAUGAUAGUGAAUAA